GUAUCAGGGUUGAAAAAGAAGUCUCUUGGCUUUGAAGUUGGAUUUGUGUGCACAACUUGAGAUGUUUAAGAAGAUUCUUCAGUGACAGAUCCAAAAGAUCUGCAGCAUUCCUUACAAUUCCAUACUGUUUCACUGGAUUUUGGGUGACCUUUCUUUUUUGCAACUAAACUGAAUUCUAAAAUUCAGCUCUGCACCAUGCGGUCCCUGUGGUUGAUCUUGCUCUCGUGUCUGAGUCUCCUGCCUCUGGCUCGGGCUGAGAAGGUGCUGGAAUUCCCACAGUAUGAUGGGAAAGACCGUGUUAUCGACAUCAGUGAAAAGAACUACAGAAAAGCUUUGAGGAAGCAUACUAUGUUCUGCAUGUUCUACCACAAGCCCUUAUCAGAUAACAAGGAGCUGCAAAAACAACAGCAGACGACUGAGCUGGUGCUGGAGCUUGUAGCCCAGGUCAUGGAAGACAAGGAUGUUGGGUUUGGAAUGGUGGACUCUCGCAAAGAUGCAAAGGUGGCCAAAAUAUUGGGUCUUGAGGAGGAAGGCAGUAUUUAUGUUUUUAAGGCUGACCGGGUGAUCGAGUUUGAUGGUUUGUUCUCUGCUAACACUCUGGUGGAGUUCUUGUUGGAUCUUCUGGAUGAGGCGGUGGAAGUGAUUGGGAAUGCUCGUGAGCUGAAAGCCUUCGAUAAAAUGGAGGAGGAAAUCCGAGUCGUUGGCUACUUCAAGAAUGAAAACUCUGAGCACUAUUAUGCAUUCAAAGAAGCUGCAGAACAUUUCCAACCCUACAUUAAAUUCUUUGCCACAUUUGAGAAAUCUGUGGCCAAGGAACUUACUCUGAAGAUGAAUGAGGUAGACUUCUAUGAGCCCUUCAUGGACGAGCCUGUCACCAUCCCAGGCAGACCACACUCUGAGGAGAAUCUUGUAGAAUUCAUAACUGAAAACAGACGACCAACUCUUAGAAAGCUGCGUGCGGAAACUAUGUUUGAGACCUGGGAGGAUGAUAUUGAGGGAAUCCACAUCGUGGCUUUUGCAGAAGAAGAAGACCCUGAUGGCUUUGAGUUUUUGGAGAUCCUGAAGGAAGUAGCACGAGACAACACCCACGUUCCUGACCUCAGCAUUGUCUGGAUUGACCCAGAUGACUUUCCUCUGCUGAUCCCCUACUGGGAGAAGACCUUUAAAGUGGACCUGUUCAAACCCCAGAUUGGAGUUGUAAAUGUUACAGAUGCCGAUAGCGUGUGGUUGGAGAUGGAUGAUGAUGACAACUUGCCCACUGCUCAGGAACUGGAGAACUGGAUUGAGGAUGUGCUGUCCGGAAAAAUAAACACUGAAGACGACGACGAUGAUGAUGAUGACAGUGAUGAUGAGGAUGAAGACGAUGAUGACGACGACAAUGAUGAUGAUGAUGAUGAGGAUGAUUAGUAAUAUCUAGACUUUGUGGAUUGGCCACAGAAAUGGUACAAACAUGGACCUCAGACAAACUACUGCAAAUUAACUCUCAUCGACAAUAUAAAUUUGUGUGAGCGUACUAAUUACAAGUCCUCAAAAUGAAAUUCACAACAGUAUUCAUAUAAAUAUGAGUAGGUUUUGGGCAUUAAAGUAAUAUCAGACAAGUCCGCAUGGACCUAAUAUUUGCCACAAAUAAAUGCAUACAUCUAAGAGUCAUUUAUAUAUCUGAAAUGUCAGCAUUUAAGCAUUUUUAUGUAUGUAGAGUAAGUAGCUCAGUGGGAUAAAGGGUCGGGUUUGACUCUGAACUACUGUACACUCACUCCCUGUGUCCUUUGACGAGACUUCAUCUGCUUUGUCCUAGUCCACCCUGGUUAAGUAAUCUGUGGUGAACUGGCGUCCCAUCCAGGGUGUAUUAUAGACUCGCAACAAUUUAAUGCCAUGGAAUGGGUACAAGCACCAACACCAAUGGGUUUAAAAGCCUGUUUUGGACUCCUCCUUCAGUAUACUGUGAAGACACAGUCAUGAAGAUAAAUGUAGAAAUAAGCCCAAAUGUGGAAAAGCAAGUCAACCGAGACUUGAUACCAAAAUAGCACUUUCCAAACAUUAUUACUCUGCACACAAAUAGUCCUGCAGGGAAUCAUAAUUACUUGUGUGGGUAUGUAUUUGUGUAAAAAGUAACUGUGAAGAUUUUAAGCAAAAUUGGUAGGACUAAUCCUUGGAAGAGUGUCUCAAAAUGAUUCAUUUUGGUCAAUGAUCAGAAACUAUAGUCAGAGAAACACCCCGUCCAUGAUAUCUCUGCAAACAGUCAGUCUAGAGAGGUGAUCCAAAGCUGAUACCAAAUAAGCUAGUCAUUUAUCAUUACGUAAUAAAAGUGAUGCAAUGAUAUCAUUAAAACAUCAUGAAAUGGUCGCAUUAUGCUGUGAAAAACACAUCUGUUGGGUAUCUCCAAUCAUCAGGGCUACAUUAAUGCCCGGCUCACUGGUCCUGCUACUAUCACUCCUAUAUCUUGAAAUGACCAUUAUAUUCGUACAGUGCAGUAUUGUGUGGGCCUGCAGGGUAUGCAUUGCCUCUCUGAUGCCUUUCAUUUACUCAUAAUUUGCUCAAUUACUUUGGAUAUGGCUCAGUGCUGUCACUGUCAAUAAAGUACAACGUCA